AUGUUGGUACAGAACGAAAUUGUAGGUGACCAGAACACCCUAGAAUACAGUGGAAAAAGAAAUGUUAACGUCGUAACGAUCUUUGUCCUAAUAAAUAAAGAUUGUGGAUUGUCCGCAUGCAUCAGUCGUUACCUGGCAGCCAUGGCAGUGGCCGAUCCACUGGUUGUUAUCCUCGAUGUGAUGUUGAGACACAUUCCGAUUGUUUAUCAGGAACAAUUUUAUUUCCGGAAGUCCUUCCCCAUAUGUAAUAUCCAUGCUGCUCUGCUUUAUACAGCUACUGACUGCUCUGUCUGGUUCACCGUCACUUUCACAUUUGAUCGAUUCGUGGCAAUUUGUUCCCAGAAGCUGCAAGUGAAAUAUUGCAGUGAGAAAACAGCGACUUUGGUUGUAGGAGCAGUGACUGUGCUGAGCGGUGUAAAGAACGUUUUUUGGUAUUUUAUGCUCGCGGGUCGAUAUAUGCUGCGGAACAAUCCUUGGUUUUGUUCUGUAAAAAUAUACACUUUAAACUCUCCUGUCUGGGUCACAAUCGAGUUCCUCCAUCAUAUUCUGAACCCAGCUCUUCCAUUUCUCCUGAUUCUGCUGCUUCAUGUUUUUACCAUCAGAUAUAUUUUAGUGAGCAGCAGAGCCCGCAAAAGACUCCGGCCUCACACCAAUGGGAACAUUCAUUGUGAUGCUGAAAUGCAAAACCGAAAAAAAUCAAUCAUUCUACUUUUUGUGAUCUCGGCCAAUUUUAUCCUCUUAUGGUCAGCGUUAAUGGUAUAUUCUAUAUGGAUCCGGAUGUGGUAUUUUGGGUACAGAUCUAUGUACCUAGAACCGUUUGUGGCAGAGUUGGGCUUCAUGCUGCAGCUCCUCAGUUGCUGCACAAAUACCUCGAUUUAUGCCGUAACCCAGACAAAGUUCAGACAACAGCUGAAGCAUGUGCUGAAAUAUCCCUUUCUGCAAAUUGAUAAAACAGUCAAAUUCAUUAUUUAG